UCAUUGAAUGUACAGCAUCAGUGAUUUCUGAACCCAGAAUGUCAGCUUCACAUGUCUCUUUAAAUGAAAUCAAGGGUGUAAAAUUUUGUAUGUGCUUCAUGAAUUUAUCACAUUUUGUUUGAUUAAAUUCAGAUGUAUACAGGUUGGUAUAAAACAAGGUAAUAUAAUUGGAGAUGAUAUUAGGAUCCAGGCAUACUAGCUCAUUUAUAUUAAGAGAUGUAAUAUUUCUUUUUCUGUUUCUUUUCUCUAAUGCUAAAAAGUAAGUUGGGUUUUUCUCGCCUUCUUCUAACCACUUGGCUCUAGAUCUGAUGAAAGUGCCUUUCGCUAAGUUCACGUACAUUCUGUCAAGCUCUUCUCUGAGGUUUUAUAGUGUGCUUAGGUCUUCUUCAGAUAAAUCAUGUUUGGAACUUAAUAGCUGUAGCUGGUUUAUUAGGAAAUUCAUUUUUUCAUCUUUUAUUUUUUUUAUUUCUUUACUACGUUUAAUUGCAACUUCUCUCAUUUUAAAUUUAAAGUAUUCCCAUUUUUGAAUUGGAUUCAUUUCUCUAUUACUGAAUAUAUCCUUAGCAAGUAAUUGUACCCCUUCUUUAAUUUUUUUUAUCAUCUAAUAUAUUAUUGUUUAAUUUCCAAUAGCCUCUUAUGUUAGAAUUCUCUUUUGAUCCUGUUAAUCUUAAACUUAUUAAUUUAUGAUCACACAGUGGAGCAUGAGUAUGAGAAAUAUCUAAAACAAACUGUAAACUCUGUGAUGAGAUGAACCAAAGGUCAGUUCUUGACUGUAAACUUCUGCUGGUGUUAGACCACGUGCAGUCUGUGACAUUGGGGUUCAUAAAUCUCCACACAUCUGUUAGCAAAAGAUGAUCACUUAUAAAUGAGGUGGAUUUAAAGCCCAGUAAUGAUGCAGAUCUUGGAGGAUGUCUGUCCAUGUAAUCAUCUGGAGCAUCAUUAAAGUCUCCUCCUAUGAUAAUAGUAGAAUCUUUGUAUUUUUCCUUUAAAUCGUCCAAAGCUGAAGAGAGUUCAGUAAACAUGUCCUUUGCUUGCGAUGCUCUGUUUGGUCCAUAAACAUUACAAAUGAUAGACAUCAAAUCAUCCACCUUCAAAACUGAAAUGAUCCAGCAGCCUUUGUUUGAAGCUUUGGUUUCCAGAAUAUCACCGUUAAAUCUGUUUAAAAGUACUGCCACUCCAGCUGAAUAAUUGUAUACAGGCAGUUAUAGUAGCAGCAGCAGUACAUGCAUCUGCUGAUGUGGGAUUAUUUCUGCCUUUUCAGCUUUUUAAAACACAGAAAAUACACAAAGGAUUUAUCAUUUCUUCACUAUGUUGAAGCCUUAGUUUAUACUGUGUUUAUACAUUUGUCUCUGUAAAAUAGUGCUCUGACAGAUGAAAUAUCUCUUGUACCUUGUAGUGUUUGCUUAAAAAGUAGUGUGGUUAAAUGUAACAUUGACUACAUUUUCUAGCAAUUUUGAUGUUAAAAUUAAUUAAGGUGCCAGUGCUUUGUUCCAUUAUGUUACAAUCAGUUCUAUCGGUCAAUUAGGACAUCAUGAUAAGUAUAAUAUCGUUUAUUUAAGACAUGUUGCAUGAGGAAAUGUUAACAUACUGUUAAUUACAGUGUCAUAUUAAUUCUCUGUGCUGUGUUAAAGACCAGUUCAGCUACUUUUGUGCAGACAUGUUGAGAUUCUUCUUCUUUCUGAGAAAACAUGCAGUCGUGCUUUAUUUUAGUAGCCAUUGUCUGGUCUUUAGCCCUUUUGUGUUUUGAAUUAGUUGUUUCAGUUUGAGUCAGCAGAGUAAGUAGAUUUUUCCCUCUGAUGAAAAAACACAUAGUGAGGACAUUAGAUGUGUCUUGUACAUGCAUGUUUUGCUGCUCAUAUUGGUGCUUACUGUUUCAUAGCAGUGCUUUUAGAUAACUGGGUUUUUUUUUUUCACCAGCCUUUGGACAGCCUUUUGGAGAGCCUCUGGAUUGCCCUUGGACAUCCUUUGGUCAACCACCUCUGCAUCACCGCGUAUCCUUUCAUCCAUUCAUCCAUCCAUCCAUCCAUCCAUCUGUUUUGUGUGCCUUGUUCUCUCUCUCUUUGUCUCUCUCCCUCCCUGUGUUUGUCGGUCUCUCUUGUGCUCUUGUGCUGUCUUCCAGGAUGCCUCGGAAGGGGAGACGCUCCCAGGCCCAGAAGCAGCGCUGGAGGAAGCCGGACGCGUCAGAGAUGCCCACCCCUCCUGUCGACGCACCCCACUGCACCCGCUCUCCCCAGUACAAGAAGGUUGGUUCCACCUUGCCAGCCGGACGGUUCUGGGAAGAGCGGCAGGCGCGUGCAAACCUUAUUGCACGCCGUGGCACCGGUUACCGCCACAAAGCUUUGAAAUGGCCAACUUCACCCUUUACUGGGCGCAACCACAAGUUGGUCAUUCCUCCUGAGCGCCCUGGAAAGAAGUUCAUUCUUAUUGUCGGGGACUCCCAUCUACGUGCUCUUGUAGAUGGCUUUAUUGGGAUGCCAGAGUCUCGGCUGAGCUUUGGCUUCCUGUCGAUCCCGGGGGCAUCUGCUUCUGAAAUUCGCACUGAGGUUCUGCACGCUGCAGUUCCUCGUGCACCUGAUGCCGUCUGCGUCAUGGCCCCUGGAAACAACCUGUCCAGCACCACUGUUGAGAAGGCCGGUGUGGAUUUUGCCAAUCUCCUCACCACUUGUGGCAACCGCUGGUCCAAGGUUUUUGUGGUCGACUUUCCUCCCCGCCUGGUCGUUGACGUCCAACACCAGGACCUGCUUCGCCAGGAAUAUAGACGUGUGGCUGCUCGUAUGGGUGUAAAGUUCUUCAACACUGCAGAGCACUUCCCCCUGAGUGAUUUGGUGCUGUGGAGCAAGGAUGGUGUCCAUCUGAGUGAUCGUGAGGGGAUGGGGAUCCUCGUCCAGUUGUUCUGGUCCGCUGCCAGCGAGCAACUGGUGACACCACCUCCUUCGCCCCGGAUCUCUCCUCAGCCUCCAGUUCGGAAAGCUACAGUGAGAGAGAGAUCCCCUGCUCCACCCAGCCCGAAACCCCGUGAGCGGAGGAAAAUUGGUCAGGGCGGCAAGACGAGCCAUCCUCGGGAACCUCCCCGGUCCAGAGGUUCACCAAAGCCCAGGAUGGCUCAACAGCAGGUGGAGGAGAGCUUCCUUCCACUGAACCCCGUCUGGUUCAGCAGCACAGCCCUAAGUGCCAUGGAGAAAGUGUCUCCCUCACAUAUGUCUUGCCUGGCGGAUUUCAAUGCCAUGGAGAAAGUGUCUCCCUCCCGUGUGUCUUGCCUGGCGGAUUUCAAGGCUUCCCCUAAGCCAAAGAAGCCGUUUGACUCACCCCCGGCCAGAUUGUCCUGCAGUUGGGGCAAGACAGAAACCCCUGUUUGUUCUCCCAUUGCAAAGAUCGCCAAGAUGAUGACCCCCUCACCGAAUGGACAGGCCUGGACAGCUGAUGAUGCGGGCUGCAAGCCUCCUUCUCCUGAGAAGAUGACCCGAACACCGACUCCAUCACAAACCAAGUGGCCCUGGUUCAUGACAGCUGCAUCCACCUCAGCUGAUGCACCAACAGACAAUGUAAGUUUAUUCCUCUAUGAUAGACAUGCAGACAGUGGGAUGGCUGUCAAAUUGAGGAGGACGUUAAAGGUUCCUCAGCUGUCCCACAAGCAAUAA